GACAUUUGAGAAGAUUUCUGUGUAUUGUGAAACUUUCACUGACCUCAUACCAGUUUCUUUUGUCCUUGGAUUUUAUGUCUCAAUAGUGGUUGGUCGAUGGUGGCAGCAGUAUAUGUCUAUUCCUUGGCCAGACAAGAUUUGUAUGCUCAUAUCUGCUUACGUUCACGGUAACGAUGAGAGAGGUCGCGUCAUUCGCCGUACCCUAGCUCGUUAUCUGAAUCUUCUGUCUGUUCUCAUUUUCCAAGCUAUAAGUACCUCCAUCAAAAAGAGAUUUCCGACAUUGGAUCAUUUAGAAGAAGCGGGGAUCAUGACCAAGGAGGAGAGGAGAGUUUAUGAUGAAAUUCCUAUGGCCCAUGGCAAAUGGUGGGUCCCUGCCCAGUGGUUCACAGCUCUGGCAGUUAGGGCAAGGAAAGAAGGAAGAAUUAAAGAUGACAUCAUCUUGAAAGCCUUACUGGAUGAGCUACACGAAUAUCGUGGAAACUGCGGAAUGCUUUACAGUUAUGACUGGAUUAGCGUUCCUUUAGUGUAUACUCAGGUGGUGACAUUAGCUAUCUACACGUAUUUCCUAGCUUGCGUGAUGGGUAGACAGUAUCUAGACCCCACGAAAGGUUAUCCUGGGCAGAAGAUAGACUUGUAUUUUCCUUUCUUCACGAUACUCCAGUUCUUUUUUUACAUGGGAUGGAUGAAGGUAGCAGAGUCGUUGAUCAACCCUUUCGGUGAUGAUGACGACGAUUUUGAGCUGAAUUGGUGCUUAGACAGGAACUUUGCUAUGUCGCUCUUGAUUGUGGAUGAUAUGUUUCAAAGGCAUCCUAAGCUGGUGAAAGAUCAGUACUGGGAUGAAUUGGAACCUCAGCUGCCUCACACUAAGUCUUCUUUUAUUUUAAGAAAACGGCCGUACCUUGGAUCUGCUACCAAUUUUGAUGUUCACCCUGAUGAAGCAGAAUUUGUUCCAAUGGAAACCAUUAUGGAAGAAGACAACACCGGAGACAUGUACAGGAGUACAUCUAAUAGUCUUGGAAAUGACCUGUUGACUCCAGAAGCAGACAUAAUUUCCCAAAGAAAUGUGCGAUGCUCUUCCGAGUUUCCUGGACGCAGGUUUUUAAACUUCCUGUCCGGACAGGAUAGCUCCGAGAAUAUUGUCCAGACACCGAAGAAAGAAUUUUCUCCAUCCUUUAUCUUGAAAUCACCACGAAAGCGCUCGAGAGCUUGGUCAGGCUCCGAGACACCGGAGAGUCACAAAUUUGCAGAAGAGAAAAAGUCCCGAUCCAAACUUUCUCUCGUAUCAAGAAAGAAUUUUUCAGGUGAGAAAUCUCAGUGUCUAAUCGAAAAUGUUUCGAGUAAUCCGACUCUUUCUGCUACAUUUUUCCCUAAUGCCGAUGAGAAAGCUGAUGUGGCUGAAUCGAAUGCUAAAAACUGUGAUAUAGAUCCGAACACAAAGUCAUCCCAGACGGGAAUUGAGACAACAGUUGACAUAGACGUGUCUCCAAUGUCUAGCUCUAUCGGCGAAUUAUCUCCAUAUGAACCGAAUAUUCCACUCUCGUACAUAGACACAGCAGAAACUUCAUCCAUAUGUCAAGAACGAUCGCCGUUCCAAUUAGAUCCUUCGAAUUCAAAAAGGACCAUCUAACCAAGAUCCUUCUUUAACUAAAUAGCGACUUUGUAAUUUUCUCGUGGUUAAAAAACUAUUACUUUGCCAACUACGUAUCUCUGGUGGAAUAAAACACCUCUCUUCCUGUGAAUCAAAUUUUCCAUCCACAACAAAGAAAUCAUCACAUACUUUAGCCUCUCAAACAGACUUAGAGUCAUGAAUAAACCAGUCUUGACCACUUGUCCAAUUGUAAAACUAUUUUAAGGUGAACAAUGGAUCCGUCUUUAACCAAACAUUAAUCAGAUUAAAUUGCAUUCAUGCCCAGACAGGGUAUUUUUUCACCAGAGCGGAUGAAAUCUUCAUCUACAGUACUAAUUCCACGUGAACCAGUUGAUCCAUCUUAAAUCAAACACUCAUCAGGUAUAUUAUACUCGUCCACAGUUAGAUGGUUCUCACCAGAAAGGACGAAAAACUCAUUUAAAGUCGAGAUACAAAUUCCAUGUGAAGUUGAUCAGUCCUUAACCAAAUAAUCAUCAGGUAAAUUAUAUUAUUUCUCAUACAAAGACCUUUUUCACCAGAGCAGAUGCAAUCCUCAUCUACAAUCGAGAAACCAUAUAUAUGUGCACCAAUAGAAUAAUGCUAAAUA